AUGGAUGCAGCGAGUUCAGCGGCUUUCACCGAGUUCAUCAACCACAGCAUAACUCGUAUGGAUCAGCAGCAGGAGAGCAUCUCUUCCACCGGACGCACCGUCCAGGCGCUAGUAGCACAGGUGUCCGAGCUCUCCCAACAGAUGCAACAACUUCGCGCUCCCACUGCGCCUGCCCCGCCGACCGUUUCCCCACCGCCUUCAGAACAACGGGACGUCUCGGAGCCCCGCCUCCCCGUGCCACAGACCUAUACGGGUGAGCCUGACUUUUGUACAGCAUUCCUCAACAAGUGUUCUCUCCACUUCACUUUACAGCCCCAUACGUUCGAGAGGGAGGAGUCCAGAGUGGCAUUUGUACUCACGCUUCUCACGGGGAAGGCGGCGCUGUGGGGAACGGCGGUUUGGGAGAACCGGGAUCCUUGCUGCUCCUCGUUCACGGCACUCGCUGCCGAGAUGAGAAGGGUGUUCGAUCGUGAGGUGGCGGGCAAGGAGGCCGUCCGGAGACUCACCGCACUCAAGCAAGGCAACCGCAGUCGCGGAUUAUACCAUCGAGUUCUGCACCCUCGUGGCGGAGUGCCGGUGGAACGAGGAGGUGCAGUGGGACGUCUUCCUGCAUGGGCUGGCUGA